AUGGUUUUAUCACGCUUCCUUGCUCUCUGUUUGUUCAUUGCGUCGACAAUCGCACAACCGGUCGACGGUAAUGCUCCUUCCUCUGCGAUUCCGAUCGCGGUAGGCGGCAAGGACCCAGAAAUUGCCAAAGCUGUGAUUGCACUCAUGCUACCCGAGUACGAUGCCCUAUCAGAGCUCAUCCCCCUCCUCGCCGGCGAGAACACCAUCCCAGCAUCCAUGCUCGGCUCCAACAGCAAGUCCGCCAUGCCUCAAGUCCCCAAGGCGAUCUUCGUCGGCGGUGGAUUCUCCGAGAGCGAGAUUAUUUCGAUGUACAAUGGCACCUCGCUGCAGAUGGUCCCUUGGGUCUACCCACUCACGCAAAAGAGAGUCGAGGGAACGAUACCUCCCACACCGGAGAUGAUCGUUGCUAGGGUGAAGCAGGUCUUUGCGGAGAAUGGGUUCGUGGCAGGAAACGAAGACAACGUCAAGCCGGGCGUCUGGGCGUUCUGA